ACUAAUAAGAAUUGGAAUGAAGAAAGCUAGUGUGAUGCCAAAGAAUAAUCGGUCAUUAGAAAUCACUUGAUAGAAAGACGUUGUCUAAUUUGCAUGUACAUUGGAAUAUGUGGAAAGCACCAUAGUAUUGUAUUUUCUCAACAAAAAGGUAAAAUCAUUGGUACAUAAAACAUGGCGACUGCUGCAGAGCCUACUCAGGUUUCUAAAGACGAAACAGAAAAAACGCUGGAAGACGGAAUUGAAGAAAUUAGGCUGGCAGAGGAUGAUCAACCUGGAACUUCAGGAAUGCCAUCAGCGUCGAUGGCUUUUCGUCAUUUGCCUAGAAUUGUAAGAUCUACUUCCAUCUCUCCACAAGCCAGAUAUGAAAUAUUUUGCAAAGAGUUUAGGAUUGCGGAUUGUAGACCUUCACAGGUAUUGAACAGAGUUCAUACCUAUAUUGAGGAACGAUUAAUGGGAAGAAAAUGGCUUGCAUUAUGGAGGGGAACCUAUGACAACAGUUUUAGGCAUUCGAUUGAUAUUCUGGUUGAGGUUGAUGAUGUUUGCAGUGACCAAGCACAUGUUUCUUUAUUUGAACCCCUAAUGUGUUCUGGUGCUGGUCUUCCACAACAUGUAGUUGAAGCACAAUUGGAAGAACUCGAUCACACUGUAGAUAUUGUUGAACUUCAUCCAAUAACAUUGAGAGAUGAUGAUCCUGAUAUGGAUGACAAAGAUCUAGAAAAUGAAGAAAUGGAAAUCAAAGAGAUUGCUGCUAUUGUUGAAAACGUUAGAUUCUUUUUUGAACAUCUUCGUCGAGAUUGGGAUGAUGAAGAUGAAGGAGAUCAGGCAUUUGAUGCCUAUUUACGUGCCCGAUUACAAUUAUACUAUGAUGUUGUAACUGGAUGUGUACCCGCACCUCUAGUUGCCAGAUACAAUCGUACAAUGGCUAAGUAUAUUGUUCGAAGAAAAGAGCUUCUUGACUACCAGUCUCGAAUUCAAGGAGAAGGAGAACCAACAAAUGCUGAAGCAGUUGAAUGCUGGAGAAAAUAUUAUGAAGUUCUCAUGUUGAGUGGUUUGCUACAAAUAUGGGAAACAUUGCAGCUGAGGGCAGAAGGUCCGUGUUUUCCACGAGUACUCAGACGGACAAAAGGAAAGCGUGAUGAUGAUUCCACUGUUAUGCAUCUUGUUACUGAUAUGCUAACUCCUUCCAUGCUCAGAGAUUUUAAAGAUGAUACUGCCAUACUUCAGCACAAGACACCGCAGUCUGCUUUGCAACAAUGUUAUGAGGGUGAUACAAUCAUUUUAUAUCCUGGAAUUCAUAGCGGUGAAGGAUUUCAUGAAUUGACUGAGUCUGUCACCAUAAAAGGUGUUGGGAAAAGGAAGGACAUCAUAGUUGAAGCCAUCACUUAUGAUGACUUAUUUGUCAAUAUAAGUGCAGCUAACGUUACUAUGGAAAAUAUAACUUUUAUUCAAUCUGAAAAUACAGAAGGAGCAUUGAGAGUAGAAAGUGGAUGUGCUGUUGUUACAGACUGCACGUUUAAAUGUGAUGGAACAGGAAUCACUGUACGAGAGGGUGCAAAUCUAACAAUGAAAAAUUGCACCAUUACGGGAACAAGGGGUGCUGCAAUAGAACUGAUGCCAGGAUGUACAGCAACACUUGAAAACAAUGAUAUAACUCACAUACAAGACUCUGAUGAUGACUUUGAUCCUUCAUUUGAUGCAACAGUGGAAAUGAAAGGAAUGGCAAGAAAAGGGGCUGUUCAUUUGCAUGUUGUUGAGCCCCCUAAGGUACAAAUGAUAAAUAACAAAAUAAAAUGUGAGGGAGGCCAUGGUGUUACUGUGGGAAAGAAGAAAUAUUCAUCUCGUGAUUUUUCAACUCUUGAUACUGAACAUCAAACGACUGAUGUGGAUAGUGGAGAUGCCCCCGCAGCAAACAAAGGCAAGGACAUUUUGACCAAAUUGGGAGUUGACCUGAAGAAUAAUACAAUUGAAGAUAUUUCUGUUGGAGAUGCAAUUUGAAUAUUGCUGUUUCAUAUUUAUUUUAUAAUUGUUGUUGAUGGUAGAUGGUUAGAAAAAAGUUUAUGUUAGUAUUAACCUAGUUUUUUCAGUUAUCACCAAAGCCUAGAACUCUCCUAUAAACCACACUUGACAAUUAUCUAAUGCUUCAAUGUAGUAGCUAAAGGACAAUAAAAUAUAAUAGCAAUGAAUAAGAUAAAGAUAAAUUCCUAAUCAAUCAAUUUUUGUUUCGUGGCUUGAACAUGUUGUUUUAGGCAGAUUUUUUCACUUCAAUGGAGAAAGAUGAAUUUGAAUUUUAAGUUACCUGCUAGUAUUUUUUGUAUGUUUAAUACUGAUAUAUAAUUGGGAAAAUAACAUAGAAAGCAAUAUGACAUGCUCAAUCAUCUUCAACGUAAUUCAUUGAUUACAACGGAUACUGAUGUUACCUAUUGUUUAUGUAUGUGCUUAUUCAUUCACAUAUGGUAGACUUUAGCAUUUAGAGCAUAUUUUAGUAGACUACCAAACUAUCUGCUUUAUCAUGGGGGUGAAUACUUUUUUAUCAACAGUUAUGCUCAUUGGUGACAGUUUUUAAUGGAUAAAUUUCCUCUUUUGUUGAUAUCAUAAAAGUUUAAAAAUUGGAAAGAAAUCAGUUUAACAUUUAUGUAGCAUACAUUUCCAAAUUAGUUCUAAAAAUAUGUGGAUAGUACUAAAUUCUAAUAAAAGUUAAGAUAGAACCACCCAGCUGCUUGCCUUAAUUUAUUUUCCAUUUUUUUUCAAGACUAAGUCAUUAGUUUGUAGAUUAGUUUUAGAUUUUUAUGAUAUAAUGUAUUUUUGGGUAAAACUGUAAGUGAAUUACUGUGUAUUAGUUUUAUAUAAUUUUACUGUGCUAAAUAUCUUUUUUAUUGAUAUCCAAAAUCCUAAUUCCCUUUUUUCUAUUUACCGAGUAAACUUUGCACAAGUUGGGACCAAACUAUUUUCUAGUGUAUAUUGAAAAUAUUCAAAUAUAUCUCAUUGAGCUGUUGCAAAUUGACUGCUAAUUCAAGGUGUCUCAGUUGUUUUUUGAUACACCUUCAAAGAUCAUUUAUUUCAAAUUUUUUUGUUACAAAGAAUGCAAAAAUCCUAAUUUCCAAAUUGUUCAAACUUUCUGUUUGGAUUUUAAAUCCUGAUAUUUAUGGGUAUUUCUAUACAUAUUUCAAUUGUUCUAUAGUAUUUAUAGUUAAUUUUAUCAUUGUGAAAAUUUCUUUUAAAAUACUCAAUGAAUUCACUUUAAAAACGAUAGGAUACUUUUUUCAAUAUGUCAAAACUAAUUUUGAAUGAUGUGUAGUAAAUAAGGCGUUAAUCUGACUUUUAUUUAAAAAGGAGUAACUUUAGUUUCAGUAUAAAAUAACACGAUUUUAUCCACUUUAUUAAUUUGAAAAGAAUAGUAAAGUUGAAGCUGUUUCGAUUCAUAUAUCCUUUCCUAGAUGGGAUCAUAUGUGAAUGUUUUCAUUUAAUCUUCACAAAAGUAUUUACCUGCAGUGUGACCUGGUUGUUAUCAUUCUUAAUAUGUUUGCUCUCCCCUAUUCUUAGUUUUCAUUUCUUUUAUGAGAGUGUUUUAUUUCAAGCCAUGCUUGCUCAAAGAUGAUCUCGGCUAUUCUACCACUGUUUUUGUGUUUGUUUAGUUUUUAGAGUUUCGUUGUUUCAGAACAUUUAGAAAUUGUUAUUCGUUGCUUCUGUAGUUCUAAUUUUUCAAUAAAAUCAAUUCAAUAAAA